AUCCCCUUUUUAGAGAGAGGUUUUAGAGGGAGAAAGUGGGAUUUUAGAGAGAGAAAGUGGCUCGAAACUCUGGACCCCGGUCCCCCACCUCUGAAACAAUGGCGGCCGAACCUUCCUCUUUCCCUCUUCUCCUUCUUCUCCCAUUCUUUUUGGUGGACUCGAGGCCCCUCUCAUCAUAAUUAGCUCUGCUUUCCCUAUUUCUCUCUCUAAAACUUGAAAAGAGUUGAAUUUUAUUUAAAAGAAAUGCAAAACAAAUAAGGGGGAGAUUCUCAAUCAUCUCUCUUCCCCCUGUGGUCGACACCCAUCAUUGCCCCAACCAUCCUUCUUCCCCCUCAUGGAAAGCCGAGCGCCCAGUCCCAAACCAGAGACUCAAACCCAUUCAAUCCUUUAUAAAACCAGCUCUCAUACAACACAAAUACUCCCUCUUCUUUUCUCCAUUUCGAGUUCCUGUUAUCCUUCGUGAGAAACCCCUCAAAUCUUCGUUUGAUUUGAAUGAGAAAUAGAGGAAAUCAUAGAACCCAUUUCAGAACCAGAGACAGAGAAAAACAGAUAACCCAUUUCAGAACCAGAGAGAACUGCUCUGUCUUCACAAACGAGCAUUAAAAACACAUAAUCCUUCUCUCCCUCUCCCUCUCCCUCUCCCUCUCUCGUCGGAAUUCUUAGACUGUAUCCCAUCCCAUGGACUCGGUGAGCGGGUUCUACGCGGCGGUCGCCCACGGCCUCGACGACCUCGAAGGCAGCCUCUUGUGCUGCGGGGGCUUCAUGUCUGCCCAGUGGGUGCAGCAAGUGGUGUCUCUCCUGCGGUCCCUGCACUCGCACCUCACCCGCCUCGCCCAGACCCUCCAUCUCCCAGUCGGGGACAAGUGGCUCGAUGAGUACAUGGAUGAAACCUCGAAGCUCUGGGAUGUAUGCCACCUCCUAAAAUCGGGGGCCUCUGCCCUGGAUCACUUCCUCCACCACUCUUCUCUCCAGCUGACCAUGACCUUUACAGAUGGCGGCAGCUCGCGCCAGCUCAUGCGUGCUGUCACGGGCUGCCGUCGUGAAGCCCUCGGGCUUGAGGAGGAGAACAGGCUCCUCUCGGAGGCCAAGGCUCUUAUGUCUCUGGAAGAGAACCAGGGGCGGUGCUGGGCAAACAGCGGCUACGCCGGGGGGUUCCGCGGAGUUCUCUGCGCAAUGCGAAUGGUGAGCUCACUGCUGCUGACGCUGCUUGUGUGGGCGCUGCUGCACAGCAGCGGCAGCAGCAGCCCGCAUGCGGAGGUAACCGGCGGGGACGGCAGCACGGCGUUUGCAGGGGCGUUGCAAAGGCUUCAGCAGCGAGUGGGGGCCGAGAUCGAGGGGCGACACGGGAUACUGCUGCAUGAGUACAGGAGGGUGAAGGGGUUGACAGAGGAGAUGUGGGCACAGUUGGAGGUGAGGGGUGGGCAAAAUGGGAAUUUGGGGGGUGGUGGGUUUGUUGAGAGGGUGGAGAUGUUGAAGGUCUGGUUUGGGAUGUCGAGGACAGGAGUUGAAGGCAUUGUGUGUCAACUCGAUGAUUUGUUUGAUGAGAUUGUUGAAGGCAGGAAGAAGUUGUUAGAGAUUUGCAGCAGGAAUAGGUAAGAGUAGAGAGAGAAAGAUAACACUUUCUCUAUCUCUAUCUCUUCACCCCCCCCCUCUCUCCCCCCUUUCGCAGCAUCAACUGUGGCUUCCUUGAAUCAGAGGCCUCUCUGCCAUAUUUUUGCAGAGGAGAGAGAAAUCACUCUUCCUCUUUUUCUCUCUAACCAGCAGGACACCGGAUUUGGAUUUGGAUCAGAUAGUUGUUGGGUUUUUAGGUAUCAGGAAACAUCUCUGUAAUUUAUUACUUUAUUUUGAAAAAAAGUCGAGUAAAAAGGAAGGAAAGAGGUUAAAAGCUUCAAAGCCUGCCCACAUUUUCCCCUGUAAUCAGACAUACACUGCCAAAAAAAAGAAAAUUGAAAAGCUUC